CGGCGACUAGGCCGCGGCGGGAAGGUCUCGGUGGGGCUUGGCGAAGUGAGGAAAACGUCCUGAGGGUUCUGCUUCGUGCAGUAUUAUGCAGGAGGAGAUGCUGAAAACGCAGUGCGAUACAUCAGCGGGACCAGACUGGAUGGCAGGAUCAUAAGGACAGACUGGGAUGCAGGAUUUAAGGAGGGUAGGCAGUAUGGCCAUGGAAGAUCAGGGGGGCAGGUCCGAGAUGAGUAUUGGCAAGACUAUGAUGCUGGAAGAGGAGGCUAUGGCAAAACUGUUCAGUGCCAGUGA